AGGACAGAGAAACCGGCGGAAAAAAAACAUCCAAAAAUAGACAAACAUGUUACCGAAAAAGACCACGAUUUCCGUUCAGCAAAGAACUAUGACAUAUAUUGUAUAAAACAGCAACAUAAAAAGUUUAUGUUUGACCUUUAGGAUUUUAAUAGUUCGCGUCUGGUGGCUGUUAAGUUUUGCGGACAUCGGUAAGACAAAAACCACGAGGGACUGUCUGGAACGUGCCCCGACGUCGUCGUAGGAACACGUGUGAUUGCUCUGACCUGUUCAGCCUGAACGGCGAUUGGUUUCGACUGUUUUAACUGUAGCCCAGAUGCAGCAGUAUACACCGUGGAAGAAUGGUCUGCGGAGGAUGGGUGUAUUUCGGGAUGAUGUUGGUUACCCUUGGCUUGAUAUUUUGCUGCUUGAAUUUGCCAGAAUCGAAGAAUGUUGAAAGAGCGUCGUCCACAGAUAAAAUGCAUUUUCGGAGACGACGAAGUCUUUCAUGGCAUCAUCAAUCGUCUCAGCAUCACAACGCCAUCUUGUCACGGGACAACUCUGCUCGGCUUGUUACAGACAGGAUUACAGAUGUCCUGCAGCACCCUAGAGUUAUGGAACUUUGUAACAGGCCACAAGAGGGAGCCACUAGUGAUGAAGGUUCUGACAUCUCCGGGUUUAAGCUGAACAAAGUGUUGGUUGUCGUCAGCCCAGGUCAGACGAUGUCUACAAACCGAGUCAGCCAUCUUUCUAGUCCACGAGUCGAUUGUGACUUUCAGACUUACGCAAAAUAUUCUUCUGUCGGUAAAAUCCAGACUUUUCCCGAAGUUGUGAAUAUUUACAAAAACGUCCAGAUGAACAAAGGCAGGUUCAAAAUUUUCUCCAUGAUGCCAAGUCGGUCUUUCUGCGAUGAAGGACAGUUAACUCCCUUGGGUGCAAUGCAACAGAUUUUAAUUGGGGAGCAACUGUCAAAGGCUUACUUUAAAAAGUUAAGAAUUCUUCGCAAAAUUUCACGCGACUCUUUUCUCGCUGCUAAGAGUAUUCCUGAAGAAUUGGCUUACCAGUCAGCAUCUGCCUUUCUUCAUGGGUUUCUUAAUGAGAAGCAAUUUUCUCAAAUGUACGUCGAAAAAUCUGUCUACAACUUCUGCAAAGAAUCGCGAUCUACAAUUUGUUCCUGUGCCAAGGCAGAUUUUCUUAAAUUGCAAAUUUCAAAAUCUGUCGAAAAAGGAUAUCUUCUUUUCAAAGACGAGCCAGUUCAGGAUGAUGAAAUAAAUGAUCUGCUAGGUUUUGAAAGAGGAGAUAUUUCUCCUAAACAAAUUAUCUCCCUUUUAUCUGGCUGGCUGUGCGAUCAGAGUAGUCUCCCUUGUCGAGGAAAUAACUGUCCAAAUCUAACCACAGCAAAUCUGAACCUUCUUUUCGAAUCUGCAGAUUCACACAUAGAAGCAGUCUCAAACAACGAUAUAUUUGCAAAUUUUGUCAAGUUACACACCCGUUCGUUUCUUUCCGAUGUGUUUCACUGGUUGCAAAGCAGCGAAGGUGAGUUUCUUCUCUAUUCAGCAGGUGAAUCUUUCCUAAGUUUUCUUGUCACAGCCCUGGACAUUGAACAAUCACGAGUUCUGCCUCUGGGUUCCAGACUGGUGUUCGAGGUGUACAGUCCUGCGUCGCCACGGCAACAGAACAAGGCACGUCUUCGCGUGCUACUAAACGGAAAAGAUGUCACACACAAAGUUGGCUUGUGUUCUAAGUCUGAAGGUCAAUUAUGUGAGCUUGAAAAAGCUUACAGGAUUUUUGAAAGCCAAAGCUUUAACGGUCGUAGUUACGAUGAAGAAUGUCGUUCAAACUGAAUCUUAUUGUACAGAGAAUUGGUCGUGAGAUUUAGGUACAAAAUAUAUAUAGGCUCUGUUACAUCAAUGGGAAGGAAAUCGGUUUGAUUAUUUAAGUGUAUGAAAAUAAAGGGCCUAAUUUACAAAGCCUCUUUUUGACUUGCAUGCAUCUAACUACAGUGCUUAAACACCUGUAACUACAAUGCUUAAACACCUGUAACUACAGUGCUUAAACACCUGUAACUACAGUGCUUAAACACCUGUAACUACAAGGCUUAAACA